AUGUCGUUCAGCGAUGAGGCUCUCAAGGCCAAGCUGUCGACACUGAACGAGACGCAGGAUAGUAUCGUCUCAGUCUCACAAUGGAUAAUGUUUCACAAGAGACACGCAGAUAGAAUCGCGAACUACUGGCUGACCCGACUCCGCGACUCACCGCCGGCCAAACGUCUCAACUUCAUCUACUUGGUCAAUGACAUCGUCCAGAAUGCGCGGGCACGCAAGCGCACUGAAUUUCCAGACGCCUUUUCACCUUUUAUGGCCGAAGCAAUCCAGACCGCCUAUCGCUCAUCUCCUGCCGAGAUUCAGCACAAGAUUCGGCGUGUAGUCGAUGUAUGGCGCGCGCGCAAUGUCUUUGAGACGCCGAUUCUCGAAGCCAUCGAAUCUCGCAUCGAAGAGGUCGACAAGACCAAAGGCUCAAGCGGCGGCGGCAAGAAGACCUUGAUGGGCCAAUCCCUCUUCAAUUCGUCAUCAUCAACCGGUAUGCCCAAAGAACUCGAAACCCUUGCGCCGCUCCAAACCGCCGUAACGAAACAAACCAUCUCUGCUCGCCCGACCAUCGACACCGCGCAGACCGAAUACAUCAAGCUCACGGACCCGUCCGCCGUCUUGCCCAGCCCUCCAGUCCACGCAGCUCGGUUGUCCAGUCUGAUAAAAGCUCUCGCUGCUGCCGAAUCCUCGGUGUCGGCCAGCAUUAAGGCUCGCAAGGCCCUCAUCGCCGACCUCGAACGCAUUCUGGACAUCAACAAAUCCGCCCUUGCCAAGGACGAAACGACCUUUCUCGAACUUGAAAGCCGCAAGAACAGCACCGAGGCGAAGAAACGCGAGGUCGAGGACGGCAUCAUUCGUGGUCUGUCCGCCGCCGAGCACGUCCCUGCCAGCGCCGAGAAUCCAGAGUCAGCCAUCUUGUCCCCCGACCUGCACGAACCGUCGAACGACAGCGGCGCGGCUUUCCACUCCCAACGACCAGAGAUCGAGGCCCUCACUCCCGAACGCGAGCCAAGUGCCGACGAGUACGGCGGCUUCUUCCAAUCGCCUCCUCCGCAACAACAGGACGUGGGCCGCUACAAUCCAUCCGCCUCGCCACGGGCCAGCAAUCCAGCCAUCGCAGCUGCAUUGGCUUCGUUUUCUGGCGCCGAGCUCUACACUCCAGGAUAUUCCGCAACUACUUCUACUCCUACUCCUUCUGACCUUGGCGGUGCAGGCUCGCUGGUGCGCGGACGCUCGAGCAGCGGACAACACGGCAUGAACGGGCUGAGCACAGCCAAACGGCGCAAAAUGUCCCACGGGGAGGACGAGAUGGUUCCCGACCUCGGUGAGAUGGGCAUGGAGGGUUUCGGACAGCUCGACGCCGGUGGCGGCCCGGCUUUCAACGAUGAGGCUUUGCGGAACUUGGACCAAGAUGUCACUGACCUCCUCAGACAGGAGGGUGGGGGCCCGUGA